AUGAUAAUGCAUUGUCCUGUCUUUUCGUCAUUUAGCUUCCACAUGAAUCUUCAACAGACCAGUAAUGUCGGAAUCAUCAGAGUAACAAAAGUCAACGCGAGUCAAAGAAAUAAACUCACUAAGAAUCUCCGUAAUCCUCGCCGGACCAAGCUUCCUCCAGAUUUUGGUGUGAAUUUGUUUCUGAGGAAGCCGAUUAGUGAACCAUCAUUAGUACAAGAUCAAGAAGAACUAGAAGAGGAGUUUGUAGAUGAUGCUAUUGUUUGGGAACCAGAAGAAAUCGAAGCGAUUUCGUCUCUUUUCAUCAAAAGAAUCCCUCAAAAACCCGAUAAACCGAUAAUUCGAAUUAGGCCUUUACCACUUCCUCAACCUCACAAGUUAAGACCUUUAGGUCUUCCAACUCCAAAGAAGAAGAACAUCAAAUCAGUUGCAUCAUCGUCUUCUAUGUCGAAAGAUCCGAGCUUUUUAAUCGGUUUAGCUAGAGAGAUCAAAAGAUUGCCUUCUUCUGAUGCAGAUGUGUCUCUUGUUCUCAAUAAAUGGGUUAGCUUCUUGCGUAAAGGUUCACUUUCUACGACGAUUCGAGAAUUGGGUCACAUGGGUUUGCCUGAGAGAGCUUUACAGACUUAUCGUUGGGCGGAAAAGCAUUCUCAUUUGUUUCCAGAUGACCGGAUUCUUGCAUCGACUAUCCAGGUUUUGGCGAAGCACCACGAGCUGAAACUGCUUAAAUUCGAUAAUAGUUUGGCUAGCAAGAAUGUUAUCGAAGCAAUGAUCAAAGGAUGUAUCGAAGGUGGAUGGCUGAAUCUAGCUCGGAAGCUUAUAUUGAUCGCGAAGAGUAACAAUCGGAUGCUUGACUCGAGUGUUUACGUGAAGAUGAUUCUGGAAAUAGCUAAAAACCCUGACAAGUACCAUCUUGUCGUUGCUCUUCUCGACGACCUGAAAGAAAGAGAAGAUUUGAGGUUGAGCCAACAAGACUGCACAAGUGUUAUGAAGAUCUGUGUGAAAUUGGGAAGAUUCGAGCUCGUGGAAUGUCUCUUUGACUGGUUUAAAGGAUCAAACAGAGAACCGAGCGUUGUGAUGUACACUAUGAUGAUACAUAGCCGGUAUUCGGAAAUGAAAUAUCGAGAGGCGAUGAGUGUGGUUUGGGAGAUGGAGGAAUCAAACUGUCUUCUUGAUCUUCCAGCUUAUAGAGUAGUCAUUAAACUAUUUGUGGCAUUGAAUGAUUUGGGAAGAGCAAUGAGAUAUUACUCCAAACUCAACGAAGCUGGAUUCUCACCAACGUAUGAUAUUUAUCGCGAUAUGAUUAGCGUUUAUACCGCUUCCGGACGGUGGAAAAAGUGUAAAGAGAUAUGUAAGGAAGUUGAAGAUGCUGGAUUGAGAUUGGAUACAGACACUUCAUUUAGGCUGUCGCAGCUCGAAAAGCAAACAAUGUCUCUUUUAAGUAUAUAG